AUUUGACAUUGAUAUUUAUUAAUUUCCAGUCUAUAGUAUUCAAAUUUUUAAAGUUUAUUAUUGUAUAAAUUGUUCAAAAAAAUAAUAAUAAAAAAUUAGGUUUCUUCUGAAUUUAACAAUCGAUUUUUACAAAUGCAAUCCAAUUUUAUAAUACACUCAAUUAAGAAGAUUUUUUUUAACAUCUUUUUGAAAUUAUUUUUAAGUUUCGAUACGAUGAUGAGAAAUUAAUGGCUGUCCAUAAAAAUUAUUAUUAUUUGCUGGACCGAUUUUAAUCUAGUUGAAAAUAGAAAACAAAUAAUGGAAAACCCCUAUAAUUUUAAAAAUGUAGACAAAUAUCUCAAAAUUAAGCUACUGUAAAAAACGGCAUUUUCAAACAAAUAUUUUAUGCAAUUUAAAACUAUUUAAAUGUAAAACAUUUUUUUUUAAUGUCUUGAUAAAAUUUGAAUAGAUUUAAAAUAUUUUUUCAUGUAAUAUGUAUUUAUGACAAUCUAAUAAAAAACCUAAGUACAAAAAGGAUUUAAAAAAAGAUCAUACUGACUGGUUGACAAUUGGAGAGACACUUUCUAAUUGCAUAGGUAAUUAGAAUAAUAUUUUGACUACCAUUUAUUUGUAUUUCGUAGCUGGUUGUGCCAACAUGAAAUCUCAAAUAAUAUUUUUAAAAAACUUUAUGCAGUGAACUUUAUGAUAUGUGGCCUACGUCUUUUCAGUCACCUGAAGGACGACCUUGGUUAGAUGCGACUGUACUAUUGAUUUAUGCAAAAUAAGUUAUGUUAGUGUUCUACACUCCGAUGGUCCCCACAUUGAUCAGACUAGCUAGUCGACAAGUGGAGAGACUUUGAAGAAAACUUGUAUUUAAUUAAAACUUUGAUUAUAAUAUUAUUGCACUAGUACUCUAUCCAGCCAGAUUAUGGCGCUUCAACUUUUACUUUCACGAAUUACAGAAAUUUUCCAUAAUGAUGGAAUAAAAGCUCUCAAUAUAAUUCUUCUAGAAGCUAUAUGGAAAUCUAUGAAUCACAUAAAAAUCAUUUAUGGCGAUGAAAGUAUAGGUGUGUCCAAUUUAAAUGAACACCAAAUUAAUGACACAAAUUUUCAAAUAAUAAGAGAACAAACUACACAAUUUUUGCGAUGCAGGUUCCUUGAAAUAAUUAAAAAUUAUUAUGUACUAUUAUCUGUCAUAUUACAUUUAUGCAAUACAGAUGCAAAUUGGAAAUCACAUAAAGAUGAAUGUUUAAUACAAUUCCAUAAAUCAUUUGAAAAAUCUAAAAAAAUGUUUGAAACUCUUAAGACAGUUAUGAUUAUAUUAAAAAAAUUAAAAAUAUGGGGUGUAAAUUUUAAUUCAUUUACAUGUUUAUGUAAGAUACUCAAAUGGGUUAUGGUUUUUUUUCAUGUAUUAAAAAGCAAUUUGAUUUCAAACGAUAUAUCUACUAAAAUAAUCCUAAAUGAUAAAAUUCAUAUAGCCAAACUUCGUUUAGAAUAUUUUCAACAAUAUCGAUUAACGUUUCAGAAAGAUUUAACUUAUGAAUCAUAUGAACGUAUCAUAUGAAUAUUUGUUGCCAAUUGAAAAUACCAUUUGAAAAUAAAAAAAUAUAUAUCUUU